CCCUACUGUCAAAGCCGUUGAGUUGUCAAUUUGUCACUUCUUGAGUUUGUUGUAUUGUGAAUAUAAUUUCUAAAAUCUAAUUUCUCAAAUAAUAGUAUAAGAAAUAGAAUAGUUAUGAAAUACUUAGGUUUACUGUGUCUGGCUAUAAUAAUAAAUUACAAUGCAGGACACGCGCAAGUUCGCACGAAAGGGGCGGACGAGAAGAUUUCGCAGUUGACUGACAUGACGGCUAAGAAGUCUAUAAUUCCGUUGAACUUGAGUAAAUUUAAGGAGUAUGUGAAGAACCCACCAAGGGAUUAUUCGUUCAUCAUUAUGUUUACUGCAAUGGCACCGUCCCGGCGCUGCGCUAUUUGCCAGCACGUUUACGACGAGUACUUGAUUGUGGCAAACUCAUUUAGGUUUUCCCCAUCAUACACUAAUAAACUGUUCUUUGGAAUGGUUGAUUUUGAUGAGGGAUCAGACAUCUUCCAAAUGCUUCGUCUCAACACUGCCCCGGUUAUCAUGCACUUCCCAGCCAAAGGCAAGCCAAAGCCUGCUGACACCAUGGACUUUGAGAGGGCGGGAAUCCAUGCAGAAGCUAUAGCUAAGUGGAUCCAAGACAGAACUGAUCAUCAGAUCAGAGUUUUCCGUCCUCCAAACUACUCGGGAGCCGUAGCAUUUGCAAUGCUCUUCAUAUUAGUAGCGGGAUUCCUAUAUUUACGCAGAAAUAACCUCGAGUUCCUUUACAACAAGCAGAUGUGGGCGACCGCUGCCGUCUUCUUCUGUUUCGCUAUGGUCUCCGGGCAGAUGUGGAACCAGAUCAGAGGGCCACCGUUCUAUCAUAGAACGAAGAACGGCCCCGUUUAUAUAAACGGCGGUUCGCACGGUCAAUUUGUGUUGGAGAGCUAUAUCGUAGCUAUUUUGAAUGGUGCCGUGGUCGUCGGUAUGAUCUUAAUGAUAGAAGCCGCUGGAGGUGUGAAGAGUUGCGACAUAGCGCGGACACAGGCGGAGGGAAAGAGACGGAGGUUCCAGUCUGUAGUCGGUCUCGUUCUAGUUUGCGUGUUCUUCUCACUUCUACUCUCUGUGUUCAGAGCUAAGACCCAAGGGUACCCUUACAGCUUCCUGUUCAAGUAAGGUUAUCAUCGGAUAGUGAUAAUGAGUAAGUAGGAUACAUUAUUCGUCCAUUUAAGUGUUUAAUCGGUGUGCAAUUCUUUUAUGAAAUAAUAAAAAGUUGAGAAUA